UACCGACACACUAUUUAGGAAUCUUUUUGAGAGACUUUUUUUUUUUUGGCUGUUCAAAUAAGGUGAAAAGCCAAAAGGAUGUUUAAGUGCUGGUCAGCUGUUUUGGUUCUUGGAUUCAUUUUUCUGGAGUCAGAAGGAAGGCCAAACAAAGAAAUAGGAUAUGGCCUUAAAUCCUUUCAGCCUGUAAUAAGACUGCGACACAAGCAGGAAAAGACUCAAGAGAGCUCAAGAAUCAAAGGAUUUCGGCUGCAGGAAGGCCCUUUAGGAUCUUGUGAAAAUAAAUACUGUGGUUUGGGAAGGCACUGUGUUAUCAGCAGAGAGACUGGGGAAGCAGAAUGUGUUUGCAUGGACCUAUGCAAAAGGCACUACAAACCGGUGUGUGGAUCUGAUGGAGAAUUCUAUGAAAACCAUUGUGAAGUGCACAGAGCCGCUUGCCUGAAGAAACAAAAGAUUAUCAUCAUUCACAAUGAUGACUGCUUCUUUAAAGGAAAUAACUGCAAAACUACUGAAUACAACAAGAUGAAAAGGAUGCUCUUAGAUUUACAAAAUCAAAAAUAUAUUACACAAGAAAAUGAAAAUCCCAGUGAUGACAUUUCUCGGAAGAAGUUAUUGGUGGAUCAAAUGUUUAAAUAUUUUGAUGCUGACAGUAAUGGACUUAUAGAUAUUAAUGAACUAACUCAGGUGAUAAAACAAGAAGACCUUGGCAAGGAUCUUUCUGAUUGUACUUUGUAUGAUCUACUAAAAUACGAUGAUUUUAACUCUGACAAGCACCUGGCUCUUGAAGAAUUUUAUCGAACAUUCCAGGUUAUCCAGUUGAGUCUGCCUGAAGAUCAGAAGCUCAGCAUUACCGCAGCAACUGUGGGACAAAGUGCUGUUCUGAGCUGUGCGGUUCAGGGGGCCUUGAGACCCCCAAUCAUCUGGAAACGAAAUAAUAUCAUUCUAAAUAAUUUAGAUCUGGAAGACAUCAAUGACUUUGGAGAUGAUGGGUCCUUAUACAUAACUAAAGUUACCACAACUCACAUGGGCAAUUAUACUUGCUAUGCAGAGGGCUAUGAACAUGUUUAUCAGACUCACAUCUUCCAAGUGAAUGUCCCUCCAGUAAUACGAGUGUAUCCUGAGAGUCAGGCCAGAGAGCCUGGGGUAACUGCCAGCCUUAGAUGCCAUGCAGAAGGCAUACCAAACCCUCAACUAGGAUGGCUGAAGAACGGAAUUGACAUUACACCAAAGCUGUCCAAACAACUCACACUUCAAGCAAAUGGCAGUGAGGUUCAUAUAAGCAAUGUGCGCUACGAAGAUACCGGAGCGUACACAUGUAUUGCAAAGAAUGAAGCAGGAGUGGAUGAAGACAUCUCCUCUCUUUUUGUGGAAGAUUCUGCUAGAAAGACAUUAGCUAACAUAUUAUGGAGAGAAGAAGGUCUGGGGAUUGGUAAUAUGUUCUACGUUUUUUAUGAAGAUGGAAUCAAAGUGAUACAACCUAUAGAAUGUGAAUUUCAGAGGCACAUUAAGCCUAGUGAAAAACUCCUUGGAUUUCAGGAUGAAGUAUGUCCUAAACUAGACAGCAAUGAAGUUCAGAGAUGUGUUUGGGCUUCAGCUGUGAAUGUCAAAGACAAGUUUAUAUAUGUUGCUCAGCCAACAUUGGACAGAGUCCUUAUUGUUGAUGUGCAGUCCCAAAAAGUUAUUCAGGCAGUAAGCACUGAUCCUGUCCCAGUUAAAUUACACUAUGACAAAUCACAUGAUCAAGUCUGGGUGCUAAGUUGGGGAACUAUGGAAAAGACUUCUCCAACAUUACAGGUAAUAACACAGGCCAGUGGAAACGUGCCUCAUCAUACCAUCCACACACAACCUGUGGGAAAACAAUUUGACAGAGUGGAUGAUUUUUUCAUCCCCACAACAACAUUGAUCAUUACCCAUAUAAGAUUUGGAUUUAUUCUUCACAAAGAUGAAGCUGCACUGCAAAAAAUCGAUCUUGAAACCAUGUCCUACAUCAAGACAGUUAACUUGAAGGACUACAAGUGCAUCCCCCAGUCUUUGGCGUAUACACACUUGGGUGGAUACUACUUCAUUGGCUGCAAAGCCGACAGCACUGGAGCCGUUCCACCACAGCUCAUGGUAGAUAGUGUAACUGAUUCAGUCAUUGGAUUCAACAGUGAUGUGACUGGCACUCCGUAUGUUUCUCCAGAUGGACAUUACCUUGUCAGCAUUAAUGAUGUGAAAGGUCUUGUGAGGGUCCAGUACAUCACUAUCAGAGGAGAAAUCCAGGAGGCGUUUGAUAUCCACACAAAUCUGCACAUAUCUGACCUGGCGUUCCAGCCGUCCUUUACCGAAGCCCACCAGUACAACAUCUAUGGCAGUUCAAGCACACAAACUGAUGUGCUCUUUGUAGAGCUCUCUUCGGGGAAGGUGAAGAUGAUCAAGAGCCUCAAGGAGCCCCUGAGAGCAGAAGAAUGGCCGUGGAGCCGGAAGAACAGGCAAAUCCAAGACAGUGGCUUAUUCGGGCAGUACCUGAUGACAGCUUCUAAGAACUCUCUCUUUAUACUAGAUGGACGGCUCAAUAAGUUAAACUGUGAAAUCACUGAAGUUGAGAAAGGAAAUACAGUCAUUUGGGUUGGUGAAGCUUAAGAUCCCUGUUAGAUCAUUAUUGAAUGAAGAGUUUUCCAGUACAUUGCACUUAAUUCAUUGUUUAAAUUUACAAUCUAACUUUUCAAGUUUAUAUCCUAGUCAAACGAAAGUUGGUUAGCCCAAAGGAGAUAUAGAAUUUUGGGGGUAAAAAUAUACACAAUUGGUAAUAUUUAUUAGACAUAUUUACUGUAAUAUUUAAUAGGUCAAUAUCAAUGGCAAGAAUCAAAAUUAUAAUGAUGCUUUUUAUCAGUAAAAUAAGAAUUUAAUACUCACAUGUAUCUCAACUGCAGGGAAUUUCAGAUGACUUUAAGCACUGCUUUAUUUUGAGGGUGAUUUACCUACUUUUUUUUGUCCUUUUGGGUAUGCUUAAAUCAGAAAUCAAAGGUCUUGUGGAACCUUAAAAUUCUUAAGUCAAAAUAUUCUAUCCCAUUCACUGUUUAUAAUCUUUUGUGCCUUGAAGGGAAUGUCACAGAGAAACUGGAAGGCUAAAAGCUGCAUAAUGAAUACCCUCACAACUAUAAAUUUCUUGUUAUUAAAGAGAAUAGCUUAACAUCUCUUGCACCAAAUUCUGCCUUCAGUCAUUUAUUUAACCCUCACUGAAAUGUCAUUUGAAAGCAUACAUUGGCCUUAGGUUGUAUACAGGUGACAAACUCUAUUUGACAGUUACUUAUACAUAAUAGUAACCUGCAGCAUACUAUGGUAAAUGGGGACUAAGGGAGGAAAAAGGGUUAUGGUAAAUUUAAAAAGGCUUGCAGUGUAGUCUCCACUCAUUUCUUUUUAAUCACUGUUGCAUUUCAUUUAG